CAGUGACCGGUAAAGAAAAACGACAGUGGACCGAAAUACGUCUCGUAUUUUACCAUUUAAUGAGGUGUAGCUUUGAAAUGUAUGACUAAACGAGGUUAUGAGAGCAAGAAUGAACACUCGACUGCGGUGGAAGGUUUUAAUGUCCUGCCGGAACAAUAUGAGAAAACCAGUGCGUGAACUGCUGAGUAAAAACUUGUGCGAAGUUGAAGAAUGGAAUGGAGAUGAACCUAUGCCAAGGCAUGAACUUUUGAAGAGAGUGGCUGGAAAGAAUGGCCUCUACUGCUCUGCGGCCAAUAGGAUUGACAGAGAACUACUCGAUGCAGCAGGUCCGAGCCUGAAGGUGAUCAGCACUUUUGCAGUUGGCGUUGAUCCUAUCGAACCUCAGCUUCUUAAAGAAAGGAGCGUGGUGUUGUGCAAUUCUCCCGGAGCCUCAAUGGAGUCUUGUGCUGAGAUGACUAUUGCUCUUCUCCUUGCAACAUCCAGGCGCAUCAUUGAGGCAUGCCUCUUUGCUAAAAGUGGUGCUCCCAAAUCCUGGCUUCACCUCUGGAUGUGUGGACCAGGCCUGUCAGGCAGCACUGUAGGAAUUAUUAGUACUGGGUGUAUAGGUCAGGCCAUAGGUCAACGGCUCAAACCAUUUCAAGUCAGGAGGUUUCUAUACAGUGGGCAAACUCCAAAACCUGGAGGGGAGAAUUUACCCGCGGAAUUUGUGUCUCUUGAUGAUCUGGUCAAGCAGUCUGAUUUCGUCGUAGUCUGUUGUGCCUCUACACCAGAGACUCGAGGAAUGUUUAAUCUUGAAGCCUUCAGGAAGAUGAAGAAAUCUGCAAUCUUCAUCAACACCAGUAGGGGUGGUGUUAUGAAUCAGGAUGAUCUUGUAGAAGCUUUACAGUCUGGGAUGAUAGGAGCAGCUGGUUUGGAUGUCACUACCCCAGAACCACUCCCUGUGGAACACCCACUGCUCAAGAUGAACAACUGUGUUGUCCUACCCCAUGGUAUGUUAUCAGCAAUGGACAUGUACAUGAUGGCUGCACAGAAUCUUGUGGCUGCUCUUGAAGGAAAACCAGCACCAUCUCAAGUCACAUUAUGAUGCAAAGGAUAUAUCUCGUUGAAUUGCUUCAGGUUUGACAACAAGAGUGAGUUUGUAAUAUUUUUCUUUUAAAUUCAGAAUAACUGCCUUUAUUUCAAUUACCUUAAAUCAACGACCUCUACCUCAUUUUAAGCAUAAUCUACUACUGCAUGGGUGGGAGACAUUGCUGACCGAAAGAUAUGUAAUUAUGCUCCGAGUAUAAGGUCUUUAGCCCGGGCUAUACUUCCUACAAAUGCUUUGUGCGAAGCGAAUUUAACGUCACAGGUCUGUAUUUGCUGUGAAUGUUUCGCAGCAGUUCAGUACAUCUCAACUGUGGCGAAUCGUUCGUUGCGAAUUUGUAACAUCAAAGAGUGUCCUCAGAACUAGAUCGAGGACCACAGUUUUUUUUUAUAACUGAAGAAUCUAAACUUUCACCAGGCAGCCACAAAACAAGUCUGAUUUCACAUAAAAUACUAAGAUUAUACAUCCCUAUUAAGAAAACCAUCCAAUCUUUCCAGGUUUAUACUAAACCUUAUGCACAUGACGUCAUCUUAGAACAGUGCCCUCGCCUAGAGGUUAAGAGGAGGCUGUUUAUUAUCAAUUUUGUUUUUUUACCCAUACACCGAUGUGUGUUAGCACUGUAUACUCAGUACUUUCCCGA